GAGUAUGAAUAUAUGAUAGACAACUUUGAAGAUAAUAGAUGAAUGAACAAUGAAGUCCUUUUUUUGGGAUUCUUUUACUUCAGUUCCACCAAAUUAUAUUAUGAUACACAUGGAAAUUAAAUCACAAGGUUAUAGUACUACCUCCAAUUUUUUAAUAUGUACCAUUUCCUUUUUAUCUUACGAUUACCUUUAAAAUGCCUAGUGGUAAUUGUAUGAUUACCUUUUCUUAAGGAAGGUUAUUAUACCACUACCAUUAAUAUGUGGGUCGAUUUCUUUAGAUACAAUUAUUAAAGAACGGAUAAAUUAAUUAUUAUAUUUUAGUCAAUCUUUUCUCUUGUUCAAUGUACGAAUAUCUCUUUGGUUCACUUUGGGCUUCUUUUGAUGGAAUGUUUUCGAGUCUGGCGAACCUUUUUAGGAAAUUCAGUUGUAUUCGAAUUAUCAAUAAUAAGUUCCUUCUUCAUCAGGAACGGCAAUAAAAAUCUUGACUAGAGUGUGCAAUGACAUUAAUAAAAAACAUGAUAUCUUAUUGUAUCUAAAAAUUUCAUUGAAUGUUCAUGAAAACAUGAAUUGGCAUACAAUAAUUUUUUUAUUUAUUUUAUUUGACAAUCUCAAAGCAUUACUCCAAAGAUAUGAGAUCGAAAUAUUGAAAAUAUUAAGUAUAUGAGAAAAGUUAUGCUUAUUUAUUUGAUAAUAUCAUGUAAUUGAUAAUCAAAUCCCAAUAUUCCGAAAUAUAUUGUAAUAGCUUUUACAAAAAUAUUGUCUAUAGUUCUGUUUAUUAUUACAUUGGACCAUUUAAUUCCAAUUGUUUUUUUUUUUUGACAGUAAUUCCAAUUGUUCAUAAGUCACACAAAUAUCAAAAAUCACUCAUGUGUCACAAAUCAUACAUUGAUAAUUAUUUUAAAAAGAAGUAAUUAUAGUUAUAUAUAAAAAAAUAAGUGGGAUAUAAGGGGAAAACAAAGUUAAUAAAACUCUUAAAAUAAACAAAAUUUCAAAUGUUAGUUAUCUUCACCCGCCAUUGACAUACCACCCAUUUUGGGAACCCACUUAUGUUUGAACGUUAGGUAUCCCUCAAAAUCAGGUAACACCAACAAAAAUAACGGAUUUCACUUCAAAAAAUUGUUGUCCUCCAAAAUUUAAGGGAUUACAAUUCAAUUCUCUUCCUCCCUUCUUUUUCUCCUUAACUCAUGUAUAAGAGAAUUUGCCAUUCUCAUCCCAAUUUUUGCCCUCUCCUUUCCAUUCCAUUCAUAGGACUUUGCUUGUUUUCGCUUCGACAACGAAAUCCGAAUCUUCCUCCAUUGACGAACUAGCCUGCUUAUUGGAGAAAAGGGGAUUGAAAAAGACCAAAAAAAUUUACAAAAAAGUUGAAAAAUAUAAGUGUGAUAUAUUGGUUUUAAUAAUUUCUUCCUCAUAUUUGAUUGAAGAGAGGGAAGAUUCUCUCUCUUCCUAGCAACUGUGAUCCAUCCCAAUGGGCUCUAGUGGAGAUAUCUCUCUAGAGCAAAUAAAGAACGAGAAUGUCGAUCUUGAGCAAAUCCCUGUGGACGAAGUCUUCAAGCAGCUGAGAUGUAGCAAAGAUGGUUUAAGCUCCGCCGAGGGAGAAAAAAGGCUCAAAAUCUUUGGCCCCAACAAACUUGAGGAGAAGAAGGAGAGCAAGUUCCUCAAAUUUUUGGGGUUCAUGUGGAAUCCUCUAUCAUGGGUUAUGGAAGCAGCUGCUGUCAUGGCUAUUGUUUUAGCUAAUGGAGGAGGCAGACCUCCAGAUUGGCAAGACUUUGUUGGAAUUGUUGUUUUGCUUAUAAUUAACUCGACGAUUAGCUUCAUUGAAGAAAAUAAUGCUGGAAAUGCUGCAGCCUCUCUCAUGGCUAAUCUUGCUCCCAAAACCAAGGUGAUUAGAGAUGGGAAAUGGGGGGAGGAAGAUGCAUCUAUUUUGGUACCUGGAGAUGUAAUCAGCAUCAAGUUGGGAGAUAUAAUCCCAGCAGAUGCGCGUCUCUUGGAAGGGGAUCCCCUUAAGGUGGAUCAGGCUGCACUUACUGGCGAAUCCUUACCGGUCACCAAGUACCCUGGCAAUGAAGUCUUCUCUGGUUCUACUUGCAAACAAGGUGAAAUCAAGGCAGUUGUCAUUGCUACUGGUGUCCACACCUUCUUUGGCAAGGCUGCUCACUUGGUGGACAGCACCAACCAAGUUGGCCACUUUCAAAAGGUUUUGACAUCCAUUGGUAACUUCUGCAUUAUCUCCAUUGUUGUUGGUAUGGUGAUUGAGAUAAUAGUGAUGUUUCCUAUCCAACAUAGGAGGUAUAGGGAAGGAAUUGACAAUCUGUUAGUUCUCCUGAUCGGUGGGAUUCCAAUCGCCAUGCCAACAGUGUUGUCAGUGACGAUGGCUAUUGGUUCUCAUCGACUAUCCCAACAGGGUGCCAUCACCAAGAGGAUGACAGCCAUCGAGGAAAUGGCUGGUAUGGAUGUCCUCUGCAGUGACAAGACGGGUACCCUCACCCUUAAUAAGUUGACAGUUGACAAGGCCCUUAUUGAGGUGUUCACCAAGGAUGUAGAUAGGGACAACCUGGUAUUGUUAGGUGCACGUGCUUCUAGGGUUGAAAAUCAGGAUGCCAUUGAUGCUUGCAUUGUUGGGAUGUUGAGCGAUCCUAAAGAGGCAAGAGCAGGAAUUGAAGAGAUACAUUUCUUGCCAUUCAAUCCUGUGGAGAAGCGCACUGCCAUCACCUACAUUGACUCAAACGGAAACUGGUAUAGAGUUAGCAAAGGUGCUCCUGAACAGAUCAUUGAGCUUUGCGAUCUUAAGGGUGAGAUAAUGAAAAAGGCUCAUGCCGUGAUUGAUAGUUAUGCUGAUCGUGGACUUAGAUCUUUGGCUGUUGCUAGACAGAGUGUUCCAGAGAAAACUAAGGAGAGUGCAGGCAGCCCGUGGGAGUUUGUGGGUCUCUUGCCACUUUUCGAUCCUCCUAGGCAUGACAGUGCAGAGACUAUUCGUCGGGCACUUGAUCUUGGUGUCAACGUUAAGAUGAUCACUGGUGACCAACUUGCUAUUGGAAAAGAGACUGGUCGUAGGCUUGGGAUGGGCACCAAUAUGUAUCCUUCUUCUACCCUUCUAGGACAAAACAUGGACGAGUCCAUUGCUUCCAUCCCCGUUGAAGAGCUUAUCGAACAGGCUGAUGGUUUUGCUGGAGUCUUCCCUGAGCACAAGUAUGAGAUUGUAAAGAAGCUACAAGAAAGAAAUCAUAUUUGUGGUAUGACUGGAGAUGGUGUGAACGAUGCACCUGCCCUGAAGAAGGCAGACAUUGGUAUUGCGGUGGAUGAUGCGACAGAUGCAGCAAGAAGUGCAUCAGAUAUUGUAUUGACCGAACCAGGGCUAAGCGUAAUAGUGAGUGCUGUUUUGACUAGCAGGGCAAUUUUCCAGAGGAUGAAGAACUACACUAUCUAUGCGGUAUCAAUCACUAUUCGUAUAGUGUUUGGGUUUCUAUUAGUUGUCCUCAUAUGGCAAUAUGACUUCCCUCCAUUCAUGGUCUUGAUCAUCGCCGUCCUUAAUGAUGGUACCAUCAUGACAAUCUCUAAAGACAGAGUGAAGCCCUCGCCUGUUCCUGAUUCCUGGAAACUCAAUGAGAUUUUUGUCACCGGAAUCAUUCUUGGCAGUUACAUGGCUCUAACUACCGCUCUUUUUUUCUUCCUGGCACAUGACACUAAUAUAUUUACAGAUAUUUUUGGUGUAAGAUCAAUCAAGUCCAACGUUGAUGAACUCACAGCAGCCUUGUACCUUCAAGUGAGUAUCAUAAGUCAAGCACUCAUAUUUGUAACUCGAUCAAGGAGUUGGUCCUUUGUAGAACGCCCUGGUAUUCUUCUGGUGGUUGCCUUCCUUGCUGCUCAACUAGUGGCUACACUUAUUGCUGUAUACGCCAAGUGGAAUUUUGCUAGGGUGACCGGCAUUGGAUGGGGAUGGGCUGGAGUGAUUUGGCUUUACAGUGUUGUCACUUACAUUCCCCUUGACAUCCUCAAAAUUAUAGCGCGUUAUGCCUUAACCGGACAAGCAUGGGACAACAUGAUUCAGAAUAAGACUGCUUUUACUACAAAGAGGGAUUACGGAAAGGGGGAAAGAGAGGCUCAGUGGGCUGUGGCUCAACGCACCCUCCACGGCCUCCAAACCCCCGCAAACGAUGCCUUGCACAACGAAACCAACAACUACAAGGAGUUGUCUGAAAUAGCUGAGCAGGCCAAAAAACGUGCUGAAAUGGCAAGGCUGCAGGAAAUGCACACUUUAAAAGGACAUGUUGAGUCGGUGGUAAAGAACAAAGGACUGGAUAUUGAUACAAUCCAGCAAAGCUACACAGUCUAAAAUGAAGCUAAUUUCGAGUUCAAUAAUUCAAGCAGAGGAAUAUGAAUGGAAAUGGAGGGCAAACCAUUUUUUUUAGCACUCAUUGCUAUCUUCUUAGGAUUAACUACUACUAACUAAAUUGCAUACCAUAGCCCAUAGGGUUGUAUUGAACCCCAAAGCAUUUUGUUUCUUAUAAUCAAGGGAGAAAUGAGUGAUACCUUAUAAUAUA